UCAUGCUUGCUUCUAGCUGGUGGUCUUCCUGCCUGCCCUGUGUCAAAAGAUGGGGGUCCCCUACUGCAUCAUCAAGGGAAAGGCCAGGCUGGGUCGGCUGGUCCACAGGAAGACUUGCACCACUGUUGCCUUCACACAGGUUAACUCGGAAGACAAGGGUGCUCUGGCUAAGCUGGUGGAAGCUAUCAGGACCAAUUACAAUGACAGAUAUGGUGAGAUCCGUGGCCACUGGGGAGGCAACAUCCUGGGUCCUAAAUCUGUGGCUCGCAUUGCCAAGCUGGAAAAGGCAAAGGCUAAAGAACUGGCCACUAAGCUGGGCUAAAUGUACACUGCUAAGUUUUCUGUACAUAAAUAUAAUUA